AUGCAUCCUUAUUCUGCGAACGAAUACCGUCACCAUCUCGGGCUGUCGUCAGAAUUCCGACACCAAGGAGUGAAUUCUGUAGAAGUGGAUACCUCCAAGAACAUAGUGACAGUGACAGGAGAGGUAGACCCUGUCAAAAUUACAGUAGAGAUCAGAAAGUUAAGUAAGUGUGCACAGAUUAUAAGUGUGGGACCUCAUCCUCCACCCAAAAAGACAGAAGAGAAAAAAGAAAAGAAAUCACAGGCUGAAGAAAAAAUCUACAUUCUGCCAGCAUGUUGUCAAAGAUGUGAGGGUGGGUAUUAUGUCUAUGACGACUUUGACAGCCAAAAUUACAGUUUUUGCACCAUUAUUUAG